AUGGGUUCCGUCCCAGGGAUCAAUGGCUCUCAUGAGCCAGUGAAGAAGCAAAUCCUGCUCAACGCGUUCGAUAUGUCGACCGUGGGUCAUCUUUCGCCUGGUCAAUGGAAGAAUCCAAAGGACAAGUCUGCAACAAAGAGGAAACUCGAUUACUGGAUUGAACUUGCGAAGAUUCUUGAACGUGGCGAUAUCAAUGCACUGUUUCUCGCCGACACGUAUGGCGGAUAUGAUACGUACGAGGACAGCCUCGACAAUUGCAUCCGACGCGCUGCACAAUGGCCCAUGACGGAUCCGACAAUUCCAAUCUCUGCAAUGGCGGCAGUGACAAAGAACCUCGCGUUUGGCAUCACUGCCUCGACGUCUUUUGAGCCUCCAUUCCUGCUGGCGAAGCGCUUCUCGACUCUCGACCAUCUCACCAAUGGACGUAUUGGCUGGAAUAUUGUGACAUCAUGGAAAAAGGCAGCAUUCAAGGCCAUCGGCCUUGACAACCCCAUUGACCACGAUGAGCGGUACCUGCAGGCUGACGAGUAUCUGAGAGUCCUGUACAAGCUUUGGGAGGGUUCGUGGGCGAAUGACGCGCUCGCCCCCGAUCCCGAAGCGGACACGUAUAUCGACCCAGACAAAGUGCGAACGAUCCAUCACCAUGGCAAAUAUUUUAACCUCGACUCUCGACAUAUUGUGGAUCCUUCACCUCAGCGAACACCUUUUCUCUUCCAGGCUGGCACUUCACCCGCAGGAUCUGCUUUCGCCGCCACACACGCGGAAGCAAUCUUUGUCUCUUCACAUAGUCCGCUAGUGCUCAGGCCCAAGAUCGACAAGAUUCGGCAACUUGCCAAAGAGAAAGGGCGCGACCCACAAUCGAUCAAGUUCUUUGGCACAUUCACUCCAAUUAUCGGACGAACCGAAGAAGAGGCCCAAGAGAAGUUCGCCGAGGCGAAGAAAUAUGCCUCCACGAUUGGCGGGCUCGUGCUGUUCUCUGGUUGGACUGGGAUCGAUAUUUCCAAGAUCCCCCUUGAUCAGGACAUCACUGCUGCAGAUUCCACAGAGGCUCAUAAAGUAAGAAGCAUGCUGGACGCUUUUACAACAACAAGCCCUGACGUGCCGAGAUGGACGCCGAGGGUCGUAGCUGAAAAAGCUGCAAUUGGUGGCCUUGGGCCCGUGGGUGUUGGUACUCCACAGAAGGUUGCGGAUGAGAUGGAAAGAUGGAUCAAAGAAGCGGACCUUGACGGAUUCAACCUCGCCUAUGUGACCACGCCGGGGACAUUUGAGGACGUCGUUGACCUGUUGAUUCCCGAGCUGAGACGUCGUGGCCUGUAUCCAGAAGCCAGGGCAGCUGAAGCCGAACCCUUGACGGCUCGCGAAAAAGUAUACGGAGAAGGUCAAAAGGGGCUCAGACACGAUCACGAAGGAGCCAAAUAUCAGUACGACGUGUACAAGGAGGAAACACUGCCUGCUGAAGAGGAGAAGGAAGAAGAGAAUGGCACUUCAACGGUACCGCUGGGAUCAAAGAGCGGAGCUGUGGAUGCCGUCCAAGCCUAA